AAUGUUUGUUAAAUUAUCGCAGUUGUAUAUGAUUGGUACGAAAUCGAAGGGUAGUUGAGAGGAACGGCAAUGGCGAAACCUUCUUCACCAGCAGCUUCUUCGUUGAUCUUAGAGUCGCCGACGAUUCAGAUAAAGAAUAUGUCUGAAGAAGAUUUGCACAAAACUAUACAAAUGCUCAAUGGAUUGAGAGGCUUCGUCCAAAUUCCGGUCGAUUGCAACACCGAGGGCUUCUAUUCCGACAUCAGUCGCAGUCAUCUCCGGCAGCUCAGCCUUGAACGAGGCCGUAUCACCUACCUCCUCAUCGUCAAACCUGUUGUCUCCAACAUCUAUGGCUUUUUACAUGGAGGAUUUGUUGCUGCGGCUGCUGAGUUCUCAUCAAUUGCUUGUGCUAGAACUGUUGUGGGAGAGAAUAAGGCAUUAUUUCUUGGGGAACUGAGCAUUUCUUAUCUCUCAGGCGCUCCACAAAAUGCAGAGGUUGUGGUAGCUGCUUCUGUUUUAAGGAGUGGAAAAAGUUUGACCAUAAUUUCCAUAGAGUUUAGACUUCAAAAGACAGGAAAGUUGGUCUACACAGCUCGCUCUACACUCUAUAGCAUGCCAAUGCCGAAGUUAUAAAAUGAAAAUUUCCAGGUGCCUAAACAUCUCCAACUUUCUGUACUUUAAUGUUCUGUGUUUUUAUUCUGUUUGAACGAACAUGUCAAAUAUAUGUACUUGUGUAAUGUUGAAAAGAGUAGGCAAAUAUAUUGAUUAGAUGCUUGAUUAUCCUUGUAUACUAUUUAUAAUUUAGACAAAAUACUGUUGUUCCAUGCUAUAUUUAUAAAUUACAUCAAAUAGAUGCCAUCUUAGUUG